CCAGUAAACUGUGAAAGUAACUGUAAGCCAGUAAACUAUGAAAGUAACUGUCAGCCAAGUAACUGUGAAAGAAACUGUCAGCCAGUAAACUAUGAAAGUAACUGUCAGCCAGGAAACUGUGAAAGUAACUGUCAGCCAGGGAACUGUGAAUGUAACUGUCAGCCAGGGAACUGUGAAAGUAACUGUCAGCCAGGGAAAUGUGAAAGUAACUGUCAGCCAAGUAACUGUGAAAGUAACUGUCAGCCAAGUAACUGUGAAAGUAACUGUCAGCCAAAUAAAUGUGAAAGUAACUAUCAGCCAGGGAACUGUGAAAGUAACUGUUACUGUCAGCCAGGGAACUGUGAAAGUAACUGUCAGCCAGGGAAAUGUGAAAGUAACUGUCAGCCAGGGAACUCUGAAAGUAACUGUCAGUCAAGUAACUGUGAAAGUAGCUGUUACUGUCAGCCAGGGAACUGUGAAAGUAACUGUCAGCCAGGGCAAUGUGAAAGUAACUGUCAGCCAGGGAACUCUGAAAGUAACUGUCAGUCAGUAACUGUGAAAGUAGCUGUCAGCCAAGUAACUGUGAAAGUAACUGUCAGCCAAGUAACUGUGAAAGUAACUGUCAGCCAGGGAACUGUGAAAGUAACUGUCAGCCAAUAA